AUGUUUGUUUUACCACCUCCUCCCAGGUACAACAAUGGCAAUCUUUAUACUGGCAUGCCCGGCGGAGGGCCGAUGCUGGAGACGAACAACACUCUCGAGCACCCGACCGGCCCUGAGUUCCAGCUUGUACUAGGAGAGGGCGUGUACACCUUGAAAGACGAUCUGCACCUCGCGACACCACCUCCACAUCCGAGCGAUGCGCCUCAGCCGAAUCACAACCCGCUUGCCACGACAAUAGGACCGGCCGUGGCAGGGACCAAGUUGUCAAUUGCUGUCAUAGCACCUCGAAAUCCACCGUCUCAAGGACUUUUCCGUACCGUCACAUCUCAGAGCAACAUCCCUCAUGUUCCGCAGAGUAUACAAGAGGAGACACAAAGCCCGAAAAGUGAUGCCGGUUCAUCGGCCAAUGGCUUUGGCUCUGCGACAUAUUACAACCAAAGCUCAAGCUUCGGCGAUGGCAAUCCAGCGUUGAUUCCAGUAGUGACAAAGGGCAAGAAGGAUCAAAAAGCAAAGCCGAAAAACAACAUCGUGAAGUCGAACUCGUCUUAUGUCUCUCGGGUCAUACCACACGAAGGACUUCAAAAGCGACUAAGCGAACGGUCGCCGGACGGUCUCUUCGCAUUCGCAAACAUCAAUCGUGCAUUUGUAUGGCUCGAUUUGUCUUCGGACAUCAAGACCGAAAACAUGACCAAAGUGCUCUUCACUAAAGCUCACGCGCUGUGUCACGACUUCAACCAGUUUACCAAGUCCACGAGUCACCUCGAUCUGGUGCUGGGAUUUAACACUGGCGACAUCAUUUGGUAUGAACCCGUAUCCCAGAAAUACGCCCGGAUCAACAAGAAUGGCUUGAUCAACUCAUCGCCCAUCUCGCACAUUCUAUGGCUUCCUAACAAGGAGAACCUCUUUAUCGCAGCCCACCACGACGGCACACUGGUGGUGUACGACAAGGAGAAGGAGGAUGCGGAUUUCGUACCAGAGAACACGCCAGAUGCUGAUAGCAAAUUCAACGUCUUGAAAUCGGUGCAGUCGCGAAACCAAAAGUCCAAUCCAGUCGCUGCCUGGGAUGUGUCGGCGAUGAAGAUCAACUGCAUUGCGUUCUCUCCCGAUGGACAGCAGCUUGCGAUAUGCAGCGAAGAUGGAUCACUCACAAUCAUGGACUACAUCAAUGAGCGGGUCGUCGACGUGUUUCGUUCGUUCUUUGGCGCCAUGCUGUGCGUGACCUGGUCACCGGACGGCAGGUAUGUCAUCACGGGUGCGCAGGACGAUAUCGUCAGCGUCUGGUCCAUGGCAGACCACGCUCUGGUGGCGAGAUGUGAGGGGCAUCACUCAUGGGUGACGGACGUCAAGUUCGACCCCUGGAGAUGCGACGAGCGUAACUACCGCUUUGGCAGUGUCGGUGAGGACUGCAGGCUAUUGCUGUGGGACUUUUCAGUGGGCAUGCUGGGACGGCCAAAGGCGACGCGGCAGCGUGGUAGCCUCUCGGGUCACACGCCAACAGACCGGAAACCCAGUGGCUCUACGGCCGGCAGAUUGAGGAGCACCUCGAACCUGACGCAAGUGCAGACCGACGAGAAAGAUGAUCGAGAUAUUGUUCACCCCGUGGAAUCGAAAGCGAGUACCCCCAACGUGCCGCCAGUCAUGUCGAAGAAGGUGGACGACCACCCCCUUAGCUGGCUCGGAUUUGAGGAACACUGCAUUUUGACCGCGUGUACCGAUGGGCAUAUCCGCCAGUGGGAGCGGCCGACGGCAUGA